CGGGCGGCCGUCCCAUCCUAUCGUCAAGGGUGGCCACUAUUCAUCGACUGCCUUGGCAUGGCUGACCGCGCCGCUCCCACAUCUCCGACUGCAGCUGCAGCUGUGCCGCCUCCUGCCCCCGUGGAAGGUGAAGAAAAGUUGAGCAAGAACGAACUCAAGCGUCGGCUCAAGCUUGAAAAGGCAGCGCAAGCUAAGGCUGAAAAGGAAGCCGCCAAGGCCGCUGCCGCUACUGCUGCUGGUCCCAAGAAGGCCACCUCUGCUGCAGGUGGUGAUGGCGACGACGAGCUGGACCCAACGGCGUACUUUGAGAACCGCACGAAGCUCCUCGCCGAACUCGAAGCCGAAGGCGUGAACCCGUACCCGCACAAGUUCAGCGUGACGAUCUCGGUCCCCGAUUUUGUCAAGACGUACCACGGUGUGGAAGCGGGCAGCCAUUUGGACGGCACAGUGGUGUCGGUCGCCGGCCGCUUGAUGAGCAAGCGCGCAAGUGGCGCCAAGCUCCAUUUCUACGGCCUCAACGCGGACGGCGCGUCGAUCCAGGUGAUGUCCCAAAUCGACGCGUACGCUGACGCAGCCGAAUACGCCCGCAUCCACGCAUCGUUGCGUCGUGGGGACUUGGUCGGUGUGACUGGUUUCCCCGGCAAGUCGAAGAAGGGCGAGCUCUCGAUCUUUCCGUCUCGAAUUGUGCUGCUGUCUCCGUGCAUGCACAUGCUGCCCAAGGCGCAUUACGGCCUGUCGAACCAAGACACGCGCUUCCGCCAGCGAUACUUGGACUUGAUCUUGAAUGACGAGACGCGCAAGGUGUUUACCGUCCGCAGCAAAAUCAUCAACUACAUUCGCAAGUUUUUGGAUGCGCGCCAGUUUGUCGAGGUCGAAACCCCCAUGAUGAACAUGAUUCCUGGCGGCGCCACGGCCAAGCCGUUUGUGACGUACCACAACGACCUUCACAUGAACUUGUUCAUGCGCGUCGCGCCCGAAUUGUACCUCAAGCAGCUCAUCAUCGGCGGCUUGGAUCGCGUGUACGAAAUCGGCCGCCAAUUCCGCAACGAAGGCAUCGACUUGACGCACAACCCCGAGUUUACCAGCUGCGAGUUUUACCAAGCAUACGCUGACUACAACGACUUGAUGGACAUGACGGAGCAAAUGUUUUACGGCAUGGUGACGGAAAUCACGGGCGGCAGCACGAUUACGAUUGUGAAAGACGACGAAACGAUCGAUAUCGACUUUACCCCGCCGUACAAGCGCAUUUCGAUGGUCGCGGAAAUUGAAAAGAUCACAGACACCAAGCUCCCGAUCGACCAGCCUGAACAGUGCAUCCAAGUGUUGGAAGGGCUCGUCCAAAAGUACGGUCUAGACUGUGCGCCGCCCCGUUCGCUGGCUCGCCUCUUGGACAAGCUCGUCGCGCACUUCAUCGAAGACAACAAGGCGAACUGGGUCAAGCCGUUUUUCAUCAUGGACCAUCCGACCGAAAUGUCGCCGCUGGCCAAGUACCAUCGGUCGUUGCCUGGGAUGACAGAGCGAUUCGAAAUGUUUUUCGCCGGCUCGGAAAUUUGCAACUCGUACACCGAGUUGAACAACCCCGUCGUGCAACGAGAACGCUUCACGGAGCAAGCCAAGCAAGCCGCCGACGGCGACGACGAAGCCCAGCCCCACGACGAAGCAUUCUGCACGGCCAUGGAGUACGGUCUCCCCCCCACCGGUGGCUGGGGAUGCGGCGUCGACCGCAUUGCGAUGUUUUUGACCAACAAAUUCAACAUCAAGGAAGUGCUGCUCUUUCCUGCCAUGAAGCCCGACGAACAAGUCGCCAAGGUCGCGCAUACGUCGGCCGCCACCUCGACCGACUUUUCUCUCGACGCGUUGGAGGCGCGUUUGAAGGCCCACCAAGGCAACUUUUUGAACGGCGCCAAGCCGUCCAAGGACGACACGGCCGCAUUCGAACGUAUCAAGGUUGUCGGCAAGGACAUCUUGAAGAAGCACCCGCACGUGGAAGCAUGGGUCGAUCUCGUCUCGCUCUUCACCAACGAAUUGCGGGCCAAGUGGUAGUUGGACCACCGUUCCUUGGAUAACACGGUGGAAUUGCAUGCUGUGCAAUCAAAGGUGUGUCCAAAAUUGCUUCUUUAUUUCGAUUGGCUAAAAUUCCGCUGAAAUUCGUUUGAUUGGUCUGUCGAUGGACGAAAGGUAUAUAUGCUUGAUAAAAGUACUUGAAAAACGAAUGCAAUUUUCAUUUUUCGUGUG